GGAAGCAAGGCAAAAUAUCACGUUGAAGCGCAAGUCCAGAAAUUACGAUUCAAGAAGUUGAAAGAAAGGGAUCGCCAGCACCCUCCGAAGACGAAGCUAUAAGCAUUCACCUCCAUCGUUUCCAGUCACCACUUUCCCGGAAAAUAGCAACUUCAAUUUCUUCGAAACUAUUUUCUGUUUCGGUGCCUUUGUUCGGAUUUUCAGGUGAAGGACGUCGUGCGUCGUUUAGGGUUGGAAUGGGGUUUAAGUUGAUGCACUGAUGUCAUUGUUCUGGAUCGUGAUUCGCCAGCUUGCAGAAAUCGAGGCAAUGGCUGCAUCAAAGAAAGUGAUAACAAGAGAAGAGUGGGAGAAGAAGCUUAAUGAUGUAAAGAUUAGGAAAGAAGACAUGAAUAAAUUGGUAAUGAAUUUCCUUGUCACUGAAGGCUAUGUUGAAGCUGCUGAGAAAUUCCGAAUGGAAUCUGGAACUGAACGUAUCCUCUUUUGAUUCUUUUAUUUAUUUAGUUUCUCUCUGUGUGUAUCUGUGCAAGAUAUCUUCUUUAUCAAGCUACGUUUAUCCUUAUUUAUCUACAGCAGACAUAGAUCUUGCUACAAUCACAGAUCGCAUGGCUGUUAAAAAGGCAGUACAAAGUGGUAAUGUUGAGGAUGCAAUUGAAAAAGUGAAUGACUUAAAUCCAGAGCAACGGCUUAUAGAACUAAUCCGAAAUGGAAAAGUAGAAGAAGCACUAGAGUUUGCCCAGGAGGAGCUUGCUCCGAGGGGAGAGGAAAAUCAAAGCUUUUUGGAAGAGUUGGAGAGGACUGUUGCACUGCUUGCCUUUGAAGAUGUCUCUAACUGUCCUGUUGGAGAGCUGCUGGAUAUAUCACAGCGUUUAAAGACAGCAAGUGAGGUGAAUGCGGCUAUACUUACAAGCCAGAGCCACGAAAAAGACCCAAAACUUCCGAGCUUGUUGAAGAUGCUGAUAUGGGCCCAAAACCAGCUGGAUGAGAAAGCUGCUUAUCCUCGUAUAAGUGAUCUAUCCACAGCUAUAUUAGAAGAUCCUACUGUCUGAAUACUUGUAACAUUUCAAUUUCAGUUUGAGGCUUUUUUAGGUUCUAGAUGAUGAUAUUGCGGUCAUUGGCAUUAAAAAUUGUGUAUGUACUUUAAAUGGAAAGAUAUUUGUUGAAAUUGAUAUCCAUUUCCUCCUAGAUAGCUGUUCCAGUGGUUUUAUACCCUUGUACAAAAAGAUUGUCAAUACAGUCAUUAAUUCUUUUC